AACAGGCAAGCCAGGCAUCACUGUGGAGUUGAAGAAGGGAUUUACUCAGACCUCGGCAUCUUCACUUGCUCCUCUGGAAUUACAGCUAUUUAUUACAAAGGGCCCUGUGUGGCUGGGUGGAGUGUGCCUGAGGAAACACAUCCUGGACACCACCUGGGGCUAGUCCUUCUGAGCUCUUCCAGUCUCUGACUAAUUCUCGUCAUUAUCAUGGAGUCCAACAGUCCCAAAAAGAUACAGUUUGCUGUGCCUUUAUUCCAGAGUCAGAUUGCACCUGAAGCGGCAGAGCAGAUCAGAAAAAGAAGACCUACACCAGCCUCCCUUGUGAUUCUCAAUGAACAUAAUCCUCCAGAAAUAGAUGACAAGAAGGUGACCAACACCCAAGCCGAAUCACAAAAUGCAUCCCCAAAGCAAAGGAAGCAGAGCGUGUACACACCACCAGCCAUGAAAGGUACUGUUCAGAAACUGCAGAUGAGCAGCAAAGGAGAAAAGAAGAGACAGGAAUAGACAGAAAGCAGCAGCACUAAGAGAGAAUGGAAUCAGAAGAGAAAAAGGGUAUCUUUGUAUGCUUAUAUGACAGUCGACAGAACAAAAUUGUUUUACUUAGAAAUAUGCACCAUAUGUAUGUAUGUACGUAUGUAUUUAAUAGCAUUAGCAUUGUAACCAAUUAUAUUUUCUGUCUUUUAAAAUGUCUCCUUAUAAGAUGAUCUAAUUUUUUUUUUUUUUUUUUGGUUUGUUGUGGUAGCUUUUUUUCCCUAAGAUUUAAAAUCCUUCCAAGAAAAAUUUCCUCCUACAAAUCACUAAUUGGGUAAUUUACUCUAUCACAGCAUACAGGCUUUGUUCCUAUUAAGUUGCAUACCAGAUUUUUCCCUUUACAGAGAUUUAUGUGACAUGGUAUGAAAUACUCUGGAACAUUUCCAGGAUGUUCUGGAAUAGUUUGUUAUUUUCUUUUUCUCCACCAGGUGCAAAAUGAGUUGAUAACAACCAGAAGCGGACUUGUCAGUGCUGUGCUCCUGUGGGAGCUUGGAAAACUACCAACACAAAACUACCACCACCACCACCUCCACCUGCAACAUUGUGUCUCAUUUGCUUCCUCUUGGGUUACCUUCUGAAGCACUUUAGAUAUUUGAUACAUAAAUAGUGACAUGUUUUUCAGAUAGUGUUCCUUCAUUUUAUGUUUUUUCUAAUUAUUUAUGCUAUGCUAUUUGCCACAUUCUUUUUGGUUUUAAUUUAUUUUUCUCUACUACUGGAAGGGAGAUCUUGAAUUUGGGUAAUUUUUAAGCGAUUCGUUUUUAGUUUUUCUAAUUCUGGAAUCCGAGCCUUCUUUUACAAUAGAAAGGCUUUCAAAUAUGUUUCCUUUUUCUUUUCAAAUCCCAUCAUAUCUAUUAAUUCUUCUGUUUCUUUUUCAAAUCCACUGGUCUUGAUUCAGUUUAGUACGGCACAACGACUAUUUAUUUAAAUAUUAGUUAUAAAAUAAAAAGGCUAUUAUUGUUGAUGCCCUCCUGCCUGUUAAUAUUGGUUCAGUUCUUUACAGUUAAUAAAGUGGCCUCACCUAUGUUUCUUGGUUAAUAAUCACAUUAAAUAUGUAUGACAGGUAGGAUUCACUUUAUAGAUCAGGAAACUAGCGCCCAAAGAAAAUAAAUGGUCCUAAAUGAACUAAUAAUUCAACAAACCCUUCUAUUAGUUGAUGCUCUUAAGAUUUAAGAAAUUGUGAUGGUUUUUAGGAUGGGAAAGCCCAUCUUGCUUAGAAACCAGAGGCUUUUGCAUUUUCUUGUAGAUUGCACUGAGACUAAAUUUUUUACAAUUCAGACUUAAAGCACUGGGGGAUGAUUUUGUUAAUGAUCCUGGAAUGGAAAGAAGCCCUGAGUUCUACUUUAAUUCUUUGAUAUUGAUCUCAAACUGAAAUGACUUUUAACCAACAUAAGCAGCAAAUUUGAAGCUCCUUUUAAACUAUGUGACUCAUUUAAAAAUAUUUUUUAUGUUUAAAUCUGUGCUUUUAAAAAACAAUCUUUAAUUCCUAAA